AUGGCGGGGAAGAGGUUCUGGCUCCCUGAGGCUAACGUUGGGAAGGGGCACGCAAUACCUUGUCCUCCACCUCCUGAUGUCACCAAUGGAUCCCAUACUGGUCAGAGUGAACAAGAGUUUCCCUAUGGCUCAGCAGUAACUUACAAAUGUGACCAGGGCUUCUCUCUUAUUGGAGAGGCCUCCAUUCAUUGUACAACAAAAGAUAAUGUCAAUGGAGAGUGGAGUGGGCCUGCCCCUGAAUGCAAAGUGGUCAGGUGUCCAGAGCCUGAAGUCAAAAAUGGGAAAAAGCAAUCUGGGUUUGGACCUGACUAUUCAUAUGGAAAUACAGUAAUAUUUGAAUGCGAUUCUGGCUAUACUCUGAAUGUGGAGGUUGGGAACAAUUGA